AUGACCACCGAAGGAAAUUAUGUGCAACCAGCCAUUCCACGUUUUGAUGGUCAUUAUGACCAUUGGAGCAUGCUCAUGGAAAAUUUUCUUUCGAAGCAAAUGAUUGAAACCGGUUACGAAGAGCCGGCAACAGGAGCACGACCUCUAUCAGAAGGGCAACAGAAAGAGUUAGAAGCAUUGAAGCUCAAGGACCUCAAGGCCAAGAACUAUCUUUUCCAAGCGAUAGAUAGAACUAUUCUGGAGACGAUCUUGGAGAAGGAUACAUCAAAGAAGAUUUGGGAAUCCAUGAAAAAGAAAUAUGAAGGCAAUGCUAGAGUGAACCGUUCAACCCUUCAAGCCUUGAGAAGAGACUUUGAGACUCUUGAAAUGAAGGUUGGUGAAACGAUUACUGAUUAUUUUGCUAGAGUCAUGUCUGUAGCAAACAAGAUAAGAGUGUAUGGGGAGGCUACGACUGAUGUUACGAUUU